UAUAAAGGUGCAAGAUGGCGGCGUCUUGUGCUGCACUCAUGCGGGUUUUAUACAACCUUGGAGGUAAAUCCAGCGGGACGCUGGCGAGGAGCGGCCGUGUAUUCACACGGACUGGGCAGCACGGCUUCGGGACCAGAGUCGGGACCGCCCGGGACCCUGGGGAACCAGAGGCUCGGAAGCAGCAUGGUCAUGGGGACCUGCUGAAGGAAUUCCCUGAACCGAAAAACCUUCUGCACAAGACUGUCUCCCGGUUGCUUGGCCUUUCUGAUCUCUCCAAGCACCUUAAGUACUGCUGCACAGAGGUGGGAGGGAAUGUCAAGAGAGCAACUGUGACUGUGCUGGGGCCCGAGAGGAUCGAGGUGGAGGGAUUCGCCUCCAGGAAGCUGGAAGCCGAGCGUCUUGCUGCUGCCGCCGCCUGUCAAAAGCUAAAGGAGCUGGGCAUGCUGAAGGUGGGGAAGGAGCUGCCCCGAUGGAGGUCAAAGGCCCUCUGGGAGGAUGCGGGGGGGGCCCCCCAGGACAGGCCCCCGGACAUUUUGAGGUCGUCUGAAGGGGAAGCUGUCAGGCUGUUCCCGAAGCCUAAAGAGCUACUCGCACAAGUCGUACAGGUGGCCACCUCUUCCUCCAGCAUCAGAGAUGUGGUGCAAUACCAGACGAAGGGGGGCAAGGUGAAGACCUGCCAGUUGACGGUACUCUGGCCCGAGAAGAUGAGCUUCCAGGGCUCAGCCUGGCGCAGGGUGGAAGCUGAGAGGAGAGCGGCUGCCCAGGCCUGCUUGAGGCUGAAGGAAAUGGGUCUCCUGAAUGAGGACAACAAGCCCCUGAGCCACGCGAGGUACCACAGGGAGAAGGUGCGGGAGAUGGAGGAGCGGGAAAGGCGGCCUCACGCGAUAGACAUCCCAGAAUACCUGGAGGACAAAAUGAGAGUAUACUUUGCCAAGUAUCCAGUGAAGGACGAUGUACGUAAACUACAAGAGGAAGAGGAGAAGGAAGGACUGAAGCUUAAAGAGGACACGGAGCUCAUCAGAAAUGCCAUUACAGGGGGACCAUAUCGCCCCCUGUCUGUGAAUGAAGCAGAGGCGCUGAGCACCAGCCUUUACAAGGAGUGGCGGACCUCGGCCCUCGCUCUGAGGGAGGAGCUUCCGGUGGACACCCACCGAGAGCGCGUGGUGUCCGCUGUGGAGGCGGCACGGGUCACGGUGGUGGAGGGCGAGACAGGCUGCGGGAAGACCACACGCAUCCCCCGCUUCCUGCUGGAGCAUCACGUGCUGACGGGCGACGGGGCACACUGCAACAUCCUGGUCACGCAGCCGCGACGCAUCAGCGCCGUAUCGGUGGCCGGUAGGGUGGCCCAGGAGCUGGGGCCCUCUCUCAGACGCCAUGUGGGCUACCAGGUGCGGUUGGAGAGCCGGCCUCCCGAGCACAGCGGGGGUGCUCUCCUCUUCCUGACGGUGGGGCUGCUGUUGCGGAAGCUGCAGGCCAACGCGGCCUUGCAGGGCGUCAGCCACGUGCUGGUGGACGAGGUGCACGAGCGCGACGUCGACACGGACCUGCUGCUGGCGCUGCUGCGCGUGGCGCUGCGCCGCAACCCCGGCCUGCGGGUGGUGCUCAUGAGCGCCACCGGCGACACGCGCAAGCUGUCGCGCUUCUUCGGCGGGUGCCAGGUGCUGCAGGUCCCGGGGUUCAUGCACCCCGUACGGGAGAGAUACUUGGAGGAGGUCAUGCGGGAGAUGGGCAGACCUGUUCCGGCAGCUUCUCUCUCUGACAAACAGGAGGAGGACACCAUGCCGGACUUGGACCUGGUGGUUGACGUGAUAGAACACAUCCACAGGCGUGGAGAGCCCGGUGCUGUGCUGUGCUUCCUCCCGGGCUGGCAGGACAUCCGAGGAGUGCAGGAGCGACUGGAGAGGAGGCCCUCAGUGAAGAGCAGCGCGCUCCUUCUGCCGCUGCACUCCAGCCUGCCCGUGUCCGAGCAACAGGCCGUGUUCCAGCGGCCACCAUCAGGCCAGCGUAAGAUCGUCCUGGCCACAAACAUCGCAGAAACGUCCAUCACCAUCAACGACAUCGUGCACGUGGUGGACACCGGCACUCACAAAGAGCAGCGAUACGACCCGCGGACCAAGGUCUCCUGUCUAGACACCGUCUGGGUGUCGCGAUCGAACGUCAUCCAGCGCAGAGGACGGGCCGGUCGAUGCCAGCCUGGCCACGCCUAUCACUUGUUUCCACGGCAACGGAUGGAAAGCAUGGAGACUUUUCCCAUUCCAGAGAUCCUGCGUACCCCUCUUGAAAACCUAGUGGUGCAGGCUAAGAUACACAGUCCAGAGACGAAGGCUGUGGACUUCUUGUCUCAGGUUCUGGACUGUCCAGAUGAAGCAGCGGUCAAGGAUGCUGUGUCCAUCCUGCAGGAGAUUGGGGUCCUGGACCAGUCGGAGUCUCUGACCCCAUUGGGGCAGCGCGUCACCCUACUUUCAUGCGACCCACGGCUCGGGAAGGUCCUGGUCUUGGCUUCUCUCUUCCGCUGCGUUCUGCCCCUCCUGUCCGUCACGGCCUGCCUCACACGAGACCCGUUUGUCAACAGCCUGCAGAAUCGAGCCGCGGUUAUUCAGGCACGAGCGCAGCUCAGCGGCUCGAGUUACAGUGACCACCUGAUGCUGGGCCGCGUGGUGCAGGGCUGGAGGGAGACGCAGCGUGACCGUGCCCAGAGGCAGGACUUUCUGGACAGUCACCUGCUAUCGGGCCCCGGCUUGCGCUUCAUACAUGGGCUCAUUCAGCAGUUUAGCGAGAACCUCUAUGAGGCGUCAUUGGUCCCCCGUGCUAUGGACUGCCUGGACCAGUUUUCCCGGCUUAACCAGUACAGCCAUGAGGAUGAAUUGGUUAAGGCUAUGCUGCUCACUGGCCUUUACCCCAAUCUCAUACAGGUGAAACGGGGUAAGGUUGUGAAAGGGCGUUUCCGACCCGGCAGCCUGGCGUACCGAACGCGCAGUGGGGCCGUCCUCCUGCACCGCUCCACGGUCAACAGGAGGAAGGAGCGGCUCCCCAGCCGUUGGCUGACCUUCUUCACUGCUGUCCAAUCAAACGGCAAAGUGUUCGUCAGAGACUCCUCCUGCAUCCACCCCCUGGCUCUGCUGUUGCUGACCGACUGUGAUGUCAUAGAAAGAGUUUUCGGAGAGCGCGUGGAGCUUUCUCUGGAUGGCCACUCACUGGCACGUUUCGACCUCCCGACGCACAUGUGGGAGCAGCUGUGGGACCUACGCAUUGCUCUACGUGCCAUGGUCCAGCGUGGCCUGCAGGGGGCGCCCUCCCGGGUCCAGGACGCCGCACUCAUCAGCCUACUGGUGGAUCUGCUGAACAACACUGAGCAGCAGGCCAGCUCUUUAAGAUGUGAUGUGGCCAGUGAUGUUGAUGGUGACGUGAACAGUGACAGUGAUGUGGAUAGUGAAACGGAGUAAGCCCUACAUCCUGUAGUUUUCCUACCAGUGUCCCGGAGCCAAUCCUUAUCCCUGUUCUGCAGUGGUCUGCUUCCCUAAUGAUGUAGGUCUGCAUCACUUCCCCUGCGCCAGGGGAUGUUUCAGCCAGUAGCUGAAAGACUGAAAACCUAACAUUGUACUGCUCUGGAGGAAAGUAUCCAGUUCGUUUUUGGGUUUUCACCUCUUUAACACAAUGUUAAAAUGCCUGGUUCCUGUGUCAAUGCACUUUACAAAGACUGAAAGUACAUUUUUGUUUAUGGACUGUUCUGUUUUUUUGGUACUCAAACUGGUUCAUAUAUUUAAAGAGUAAUACAUAUAUAAUAAACUAUAUUAUGUAUUGUUAGGGAAUGAACAAGCAUUGUGAAUCUACUGCAGUCAUUAUUUAGAAUUUGAAAUCCUAAACAGACGGGUCUUUCAGGUUUGUUAAAAACACACACAAAUAAACAGACAUAAUGACACUAUUGCUCAAACGUGCCUAUUAUAUGUAA